UGGAAUUCAGGAGAACCACAGUAUUGCACAGCUAUUGGAGCCCUGUUUACUGGUGCAGUGAACUGGCACACACAGUGAGCACAGUCCUGUCCUCUGACUUCCUCCCAGCCCCGAGAACCACAGUGACGAGUCCUGGCCAUCUCCCCAGGUCUGAAUCACCGUGGCGGCGAGAGCAGCACAUGGCUUUCCGCAUCUUUUUCCCUCGGCCGUUUCCUUACUUCCUCUCUCCAAAUUAGGAGGCUACAGUGAAGUUUUCCAGACGUUGUCGCUAACUUCCUUUCAGUGGAUUGAAAAGAAAUGCUGAGAAAUACAUAAAGCUUUCCUCUUCUGCCUCGGCUAUUUACAAUGGGUAUCGGGAAGUCUAAAAUAGAUUCCUGCCCUCUUUCUCUCUCUUGGGGUAAAAGCCACAGCGUGGAUACAAGUCAAGGACAUUAUGAGUCAGCUUCCAAGAACUCUGAGGACAUCUCCCUGUGUGAUGUUGCUGAGCGUGGCAAGACGACAGAGGAGCCCCCAGGGGAGCAGGAGGGAGCUGAGGGAGAGGCAGAGACGCCUGAAGAAGACGAUGAAGAAGAGGAGGUGUUCCUCAAAUUUGUGAUUCUGCAUGCUGACGAUGACACGGAUGAAGCCCUCAGAGUCCAGAAUGUGCUGCAAAACGACUUUGGUAUCAAACCAGGAAUAAUCUUUGCUGAGAUGCCCUGUGGCAGACAGCAUUUACAGAAUUUAGACGAUGCUGUCAAUGGGUCUGCAUGGACAAUCUUAUUACUGACUGAAAACUUUUUGAGAGAUACCUGGUGUAACUUCCAGUUCUACACGUCCCUAAUGAACUCCGUUAACAGGCGGCACAAGUACAACUCGGUUAUACCAUGCGGCCCGAACAAUCCCCUCCCCGGGAAAGGAUCUCCCUUUGCUCUCCAAACCAUCAAUGCCUUAGAGGAAGAAAGUCGUGGCUUUCCUACACAAGUAGAAAGAAUUUUUCAGGAGUCUGUGUAUAAGACACAGCAAACUAUAUGGAAAGAGACAAGAAAUGUGGCACAAAGACAAUUUAUUGCUUGAGAUGAAACAUACAAUGCAUGGCUCCUGUUUCACCAACCAAAUGGUUGAUCCUCAUUUGAGAAAGCAAUUUCUAAGAAAUGCAUAAAUGAAAGAGAGCCUUAUCCUUCUAGAGAGCUACAGAGCACAAGAAAGGCAAAUCUCUGCAGGACAAUCUAUAGAAUUGUGGCACUUUUUGAUGUUUCAAUAAACUCAAGAUUGUCAGAGUUUCAAGAACUUUUCCCUCGUGAUUUUCCUAGUUCAUGGAAGGAACUCUCAAAGGAAUUCUCAAUUCAUAGGAAUUCUCAAUUCAUAUUCCUUGUAUUGAACCUCAAAUGAAAACUUGUAUGACAGACAAUUUAAAAAUGUGACACUUUUAUUCUCUGAAUUUUUUUCUCAAAUGACAUGCAGAAGAAAUGGCCCCAAGAGACCUGACUAGACUCUCUCAUGAGGCACCUCUCAUGAAUGUUGCAAUAGAACAUUCUGGGUGCUGUCACCCAGAGACAUGAACUGCUAGAAUAGAACAUUUCGAAUGCUGAGUGCUGAUGCAUAUAAAAUCAGAAAUAGAUGUGGAAUGGCGGAGCUUUUUAAAAGAAUCCAGUCAAAUGUGUUUUCCUUUCUGCUGAAAUUUGCAUAUUUGGAGUCAUUUCCCGCCACCGAUUCACAGCCCAUUUGAUAGUGUGGUUGUUGGGGACUCCGUGGAGCCGUGUGGAGGUGUCCCCUGGGGCCUGAAGCGCUCUGUGCUAGUCAGUGUCUGUAACCAGGGCUUUCUUUGCAGAACUUAGAAGAUGUUUGAUUGUGUGCGAUUGGCCAGAUGUUCUCCUUUAAAAUCGGUGACCUCUCUUGUGACAUCCUUUUAAAAAGUUAUCCUCACACGCAAUGCUCUACUCAGGAAAUAUUUCUCAUCCAGGUGUUCACAGUAGCCUGGCUGUGUGUGUGUAGGCGUGUGUGUGUUGUGGGCUGUUUUUAAAGACCUGGGAUAGAAGUAGGAGAUAUAUUUUGUCACCUCCUCUUCUAGUGCGCCACGCUCAUAACAAGCCGGACAGGUCUCGGACUGACCAAUUUCUUUCCCUCACAGCCCUUCUGCCGGCUGAGACUGGGCAGCAUCUCCAGGUGCAGACGGGGGAUGGAGUGGAGAAUGAGGCACGUCAUGUUGUAAUGAGAAAACACUUUCAGGGGUCACAAGACCUGGUUCUAGUCCAAUCUCUGCCACCGAAGAUGCCCACAGUCAAGCCAUUUACCCUCCUUUAUCUGUGAAAUGAAAGGGUUGGAUGGAUGGAUCUCUAAAGGCCUUUGUCUUCUCCCAGGAUGUGAAAAACUAGGAACCAGAAAAGGGAAUAAGAAAAAAGUUAAAAGUUUAUAAUGUGAUAUAUAGUAGUCGCAGAAGGCUUUUAUAUAUGCCUACAAUGAAAGGAUGUAUUUGAAUAUUGACAGCAUAAUUGAUUCCUAAUGCUGCCAUUACACUUUUAAAGUCAUAGAAAAGAAUUAUUAUCCAUACUUAGGUUUUUUUAAAAAAUACAUUUUUUAUAGGGACCCUUGAGUGACAACAUUUUCCCAACUUCUUUUUCUUCUUAUCCCCACUUCUCUGUAUCCCCUACUAGUACUAAGGUCUGCUCACAUCUUUUUGCAGUUCACCCCUUCAUAGCCAUGAACCAAAAUGUUCUAUGAAGAACAUGUAAGUCAGUCAAGCCUCCUAUUCUAUUAGUACUUAUUGGAGGAGGAGAUUGUUUUCAUUCCAUAGUGACAUUUUCUGGACCUUAAUGUCUGUAUAGUAGCUUACUACUCACUUUUUCAGUUUUAAUAAGUAUUCAUUUCUUUGCCAUAAUGCUUCCUGUAUCUCAAAUUUUAUAUGCUAAUAAAACAUUAACUUCCCAUCCUUCAUGCCUGCCAAACUUGGACAAUUGAUGCUAAAUGGUACUUUUAAAAUAAAUGUUCUUAUUCUUUA